AAUAUGUGAAGAGUAAGCAAUAAAAUUAAUAAAGCAAACACGUUGCGCUAAACCACUUACCUGACUGUUGUUGAACUGUUGAAGGAAAAUGAAAGUUUUUAUUCUAUGCUUAAUUGUUCGGCUACCGGGGCUGGCAUACAGUGCGAUCACUUAUAAUGCAGAAAGGAAUAUUUCUGAUGUGGCUAUAGCUCUCUCUGAAAUCAUCAAUGGCUUGAAACCCCGCCAAUUAGCCAUUUUGGCAGCACCUCAAUUUAGCUUCACCACUCGUCACGCUCCAUUACCAGCAGGCGCUGAAAUUCCCACCGAUUUACAAUUGGAAGGCAUGCAAAUGGACAUUGAUGAUUUCAUUUAUCAACUUCACAAACUCAACUUUAAAUCUGUAAUCUUUGACAAGGCAGAUUUGUUCUUCAAAUUCGUCGAAGAUAAUCUACAGGGUUCGAUUGAAAGCGUCAAUUUGAUAUUUAGUGCACCUUAUGAGCUUUCUGCACGCAUACAGGAGCGUAGGCUGUCACAUCGCCUGAGUUUGUUCAUAUUUUAUUGGGGCGCUAAACAUCCGCCAAAAGCUAAUGAGGUGCGCUUUGAGGAACCAAUGAGAGCUGUUGUCAUAACGAGGCCAAGGAAGAAAGCCUUUCGCAUUUACUACAAUCAAGCCGUACCCGAUGGUGUUAGUAAUCUUCGUUUGGUCAAUUGGUAUGAUGGCGAUAAUUUAGGUCUGCAGAAAGUACCGUUACUUCCCAAUGCAGCGACUGUUUACUCAAAUUUCAAUGGACGCAUAUUUCGGGUGCCAGUUUUUCAUUCUCCGCCAUGGUUUUGGGUGAACUAUGAAAACGAUUCCGCAAACUCUACAAUGUUUGACGAUUAUGUCGACAAUGAAUAUGGCGAUUUUACUGAAGUAAAUGUGACGGGCGGACGUGAUCAUUGCCUACUAACUCUAUUGGCUGAGCAUAUGAAUUUUCAAUUCAUUUAUAUUGAGGCGCCUGGCAGAACACAAGGAUCCUUGCGUAGCGAUGAUACCGGCGCGGAGAAUGAUAGCUUUACUGGUGGUAUUGGUUUGCUGCAAAAUGGGUUGGCCGACUUUCUUCUCGGCGAUGUCAGCCUCAGCUGGGAGCGUCGCAAGGCCGUCGAGUUCUCUUUCUUCACUCUCGCCGAUUCUGGUGCCUUUGCGACACAUGCACCACGCCGCCUCAAUGAAGCUUUCGCCAUCAUACGCCCCUUUAAACGUGACGUCUGGCCCUACCUUAUAUUGACCGUCAUAUUUUCGGGACCGAUAUUUUAUGCCAUCAUCGCAAUACCGUACAAAUGGCAUUUGCCAUGUCAAACGCGCAGCGUAAGACAAGAGAGAUCAAAUGAACAACAACAACAACAACAACAACAUGAUGUGGAAAGGGUCGGUGAGCUGAUCUUUCAUAUGGCUUAUAUCAAGGAAAUUACCGGCGACAACGAGAUGACAAGGCGUUUGCUGCGCCAACAACAACACCAACAAGAACGUGAAGCAAAAAAGGAACAGCACCGUCGAGUUGGAGUGCAGUCAUUGGCGGCGGAAAUACCAGACAAUCUAUUCGAUAAAUGCAUUUGGUUUACAGUGCAACUAUUUCUCAAGCAAUCUUGCAAGGAGCUUUAUCAUGGCUAUCGCGCAAAGUUUCUCAUGAUCGUCUACUGGAUUGCGGCCACCUACGUGUUGGCUGAUGUCUACUCCGCCCAGCUUACCUCGCAAUUCGCGCGUCCACCGCAUGAGGCACCAAUUAACACGUUGCAACGACUGCAUACAGCUAUGUUGCGCGAUGGCUAUCAAUUGUUUGUGGAGAAGGAAAGCUCAUCGCUGGAAAUGCUGGAGAAUGGCACUGAAAUAUUUCGCCAAUUGUAUGCGCUUAUGAAGCAACAGAAUCCGGAUAUGGAAGGUUAUCUCAUAGAUUCGGUAGAGUCGGGCAUUUUGUUGAUUGCCGAUGGACUGGAAAAUAAGGCGGUUUUGGGCGGUCGGGAGACUUUAUAUUUCAAUAUACAGCAGUUUGGCUCGAAAACCUUUCAACUCAGUCACAAGCUUUACACGCGUUAUUCAGCAGUUGCAGUACAGAUUGGUUGCUCCUUCUUGGAUAGCCUUAACGAUGUGUAAAUCUCAAAC